GAGGUUGCUGUCUACGUCUCCAAGCCGGUCGAUUCUGCUGCAAGGCCUCGCGCAUUUGCUGCGAUUUGUUCCUCCCGUGCUUGACAUCUCUUCCGGAGGACACCAUGCUUACCUUGUGAAAGCAGAUGGGCAGCUGGAGCGGCUUGGCAUUCGCAAAGCAGGGGACAUACCCGAGAAUCUGCCGUCCGUGGUGGCGGUCUCAACUGGUGACAAGCACAGCUGCUUUGUGCAGGCUGAUGGGAAGCUCAGCUGCAUUGGCUGGAACGAUCAUGGACAAUGCGACGUUCCCGGUGACUUGGGGCCUGUUGCCGCAGUAUCCGUGGGACUCAGCCACACUUGCGCAGUGACGAUCGUUGGGGAACUUGUUUGCUUCGGCCUCCGCCUCUUUUGUAACGUGCCGCCGGAUUGUGGGCCUGUGGUCGCCGUCUCUGCGGGGGUUCAACAUACGUGCGCGAUCCGAGCUGACGGGCGUUUAUUUUGUUUUGGGGACGCGGAGCAGACGCAUUCUCACGAAAGUGUGGGACAGGUGGUAGCUGUCUCGGCCGGAGACUACCACACAUGCACGUUGGGUGCCGACAGCAAGGUGCAAUGCUUUGGGAGAGCAGGUGACGGACAGUGCGACGUACCAGCAGACCUUGGGCUUGCGGUCUCAGUCUCGGCAG